AUGAAGCUGAUUGAAUAUCAAGAGAACCAGGAAGUAAUACUAUCUGCCGGUGCAUUCGAUACCCCGAAGAUCUUGCUCCUCUCUGGUAUUGGGCCUACUCAGGAGCUCACCCAGCACAAUAUUGAAACACUUCACGAUCUUCCUGGGGUAGGCAAAGGUCUAUCCGAUCACCCCUUAGUUGUUAUAGGAGCAUCAUAUGCGCCCGCUGCAGGCCUCAGUGAUCGAGUUAAAUUUGUCUCUAACCCCGCUGCCGUUGAAGCUACACGAGAGCAAUGGAGACGAGACGGGACUGGGGAGACAAACCUACACCAGUCUUGCGCUAUCACCGGAUGGCUGAAGGAAAAUUCCAUUCUCACAACUAACGAAUAUCAAAACCUAGAUGCUCUUUGAAAGGAACACUUGGC